AUGCCCAGCUCGGAUCUGUGGGCGGUGGAUCUCUUCGGGAGGGUGUUCACACUGUCCACGGCCGGGCGGCACUGGGAGCUGUGCAGGGACGCCCAGCUGGAGUUCAAGCGGGUCAGUGCGGCCGCGCCGUGCUGCUGGGGCAUCGCCUGCGACAACCAGGUGUACGUGCACGUGGGCGCCAGCGACGUCCCCAUCCGCUGCCGGGAGGAGGCCUAUGAGAAUCAGCGCUGGAACCCCGUGGGCGGCUUCUGUGAGACGCUCCUGCCGAGUGACCGCUGGCCGUGGAGUGACGUGAGUGGGCUCCAGCACCGGCCGCUGGAUGGGGUGGCGCUGCCCUCGCCGCAUUGGGAGUGGGAGUCGGACUGGUACGUGGAUGAGAAUUUUGGAGGGGAACCCACAGAGAAAGGGGGGUGGACAUAUGCCAUUGACUUCCCCGCCACGUACACGAGGGACAAGAAGUGGAACUCCUGCGUGCGGCGCCGGCGGUGGACCCGGUACAGGAGAUACAAGUCCCAGGACACCUGGGCCAAGAUCCCAUCGGAGGAUGACCCCCAGCGGUUGCCUGACCCCUUCAGCGACAUCUCUGUGGGGGGUUGGGAGAUCACAGACGAGCCCGUGGGCCGCCUGUCCGUGUGGGCUGUGUCUCUGCAGGGGAAGGUGUGGUACAGAGAGGACGUCAGCCACCCCAACCCCGAAGGCUCGUCGUGGUCCCUGGUGGACACCCCAGGGGAGGCAGUUCAGAUCAGCUGUGGGCCCCACGAUCUGCUGUGGGUGUCGCUCUGGGAGGGACAGGCCUUGGUCCGGGAAGGAAUCAACAGGAACAAUCCCAAAGGAAGUUCGUGGUCUGUGGUGGAGCCUCCCACAUCUGAAAACGGGAUCCUGCACGUCUCCGCAGGAGUCGGUGUCGUCUGGGCCGUCACCAAGGACCGGAAGGUUUGGUUCCGAAGAGGCGUCAACUCUCACAACCCCUGCGGCACCAGCUGGAUCGAGAUGGUUGGAGAAAUGAUGAUGGUGAACGUGGGGCUAAACGACCAGGUCUGGGGCAUCGGCUGGGCGGACCGGGCCUUGUACUUCCGUCAUGGCAUCACCCAGAGCGAGCUCAGCGGGAAGACGUGGAAGGCCAUCGUCGCUGGCCGGGAGUGUGACGGCUCACACUCGGGCAGCUUGUCCAGCCUCCUCAGCGCCGGCUGCUUCUUUGGUGACGAGGUGAGGGGUGGUGGCGAGUCUCGUGUGCCAAGUGACUCGGAAGCCAAGAGACCCAGGCCUGACCCUGAGCAUGAUGUGGAGGUUGCCAGCCCUGCCUCCACCCCGGCCGAGCUGCCCUGGACCAACAUCGACCUGAAGGAGGCCAAGAAAGGGCCCAGCCAUGCGGCCGCCGAGGCCACCAACCUCUCCUCGCUGGCACUUCUCCCGCUGGGCCUGGAGGAGCCCGACAGCACCAACUGCCAUGCGCUGUGGGCCUGGGUGUCCGGAGGAGGCUGUGCCGUGGAGGCCCACACCCCACUCAAGUGGUUCACCGUCCACUCGGGCCUGUCCGCCUCCAUGCAGAUGCUCUCGCUGUCCAUCACGCCGGCCCAGACCACCACCUGGCGGAAGCAGAUCUUCCAGCAGCUCACAGAAAGGACCAAGCGGGAGCUGGAGAACUUCCGACACUAUGAGCAGGCCGUGGAGCAGUCGGUGUGGGUGAAGACGGGAGCCCUGCAGUGGUGGUGCGACUGGAAACCCCACAAGUGGGUGGAUGUCCGUGUGGCCCUGGAACAGUUCACGGGCCACGACGGGGUUCGGGACAGCAUCCUUUUCAUCUACUACGUGGUCCACGAGGAGAAGAAGUACAUCCACGUGUUCCUCAACGAGGUGACGGCGCUGGUCCCCGUGCUCAGUGAGGCCAAGCACUCCUUCGCCGUGUACACCCCCGAGAGGACACGGCAGAGGUGGCCUGUGCGCCUGGCCGCUGCCACCGAGCAGGACAUGAGCGACUGGCUCGCCCUGCUUGACCUGUCCUGCUGCGAGAGCCGCAGGGUGCACGGCCGCCCCUCCCCGCAGGCCAUCUGGUCCGUCACCUGCAAGGGGGACGUCUUCGUGAGCGAGCCCAGCCCAGACCUCGAGGCCCCCGAGCACUGGCUGCCCUGUGACCAGAUGUUCUGGCGGCAAAUGGGAGGCCACCUGCGGGUGGUGGAGGCCAACAGCCGGGGCGUGGUGUGGGGCAUCGGCUACGACCACACGGCCUGGGUGUACACGGGUGGCUACGGCGGAGGCUGCUUCCAAGGCCUGGCCAGCAGUACCAGCAACAUCUACACGCAGUCGGACGUAAAGUGUGUCUACAUCUACGAGAACCAGCGCUGGAACCCCGUCACGGGCUACACCAGCAGGGGUCUGCCCACCGACCGGUACAUGUGGAGUGACGCCACGGGCCUGCAGGAGUGCACCAAGGCCAGCACGAAGCCCCCGUCCCUGCAGUGGGCCUGGGUUUCUGACUGGUUCGUGGAUUUCAGCGUCCCUGGAGGCACGGACCAGGAGGGGUGGCAGUACGCCAGCGACUUCCCUGCCUUGUACCACGGGCACAAAACCAUGAAGGAUUUCGUCAGGAGAAGGUGCUGGACCAGAAAGUGCAAGCUGGUGACCAGCGGGCCCUGGCUGGAGGUGGCCCCCAUCGCCCUGGGGGACGUGUCCAUCAUUCCGGAGAGCCCGGGUGCCCACGGGAGCGGGCCCGGCAUCGCACUCUGGGCCAUCAGUGACAAGGGGGACGUGUUGUGCCGUCUGGGCGUGUCCGAGCUCAACCCCGCGGGCUCCUCCUGGCUGCAUGUGGGCACCGACCAGCCCUUCGCCUCUGUCUCCGUCGGGGGCUGCUACCAGGUGUGGGCCGUGGCCAGGGACGGUUCCGCCUUCUACCGUGGCUCCGUGUCCCCGUCCAAGCCGGCUGGCGACUGCUGGUACCUCAUCCCAUCUCCUCCCAAACAGAGGUUGAAACAGGUGUCCGUGGGGCACACAGCAGUGUUCGCCUUGGACGAAAACGGGAACCUGUGGUACCGCCAGGGGGUCACACCCAGCUACCCGCAGGGCACCAGCUGGGAACACGUGUCCAACAACGUGCGCCACGUGUCCGUGGGGCCCCUGGACCAGGUCUGGGUCAUCGCCAACAAAGUCCAGGGGAGCCACAGCCUGAGCCGGGGAACUGUGUGUCGCCGCACGGGUGUGCAGCCCCUGGAGCCCAAGGGGCAGGGCUGGGACUAUGGCAUCGGGGGGGGCUGGGAUCACCUGUCCGUCCGGGCCAGUGCCACCAGGGCCCCCAGGAGCUCGUCCCAGGAGACAGCUGGCAAGUGGAGAAGGGAGCAGGGCCUCCCCAGUGGGCCCUCGAAGGUGGACGGUGCCCCGCAGGAGACCCCCAAUCCCGUCUGCUGCUGA